UGCCUUUGAAAAACGCAUCCAAAAUCUUUAUCACUUUGUAAAAGUCUGUUGAACGGUGUAGAAGUUCGUAAGAAAGAAAACUCAAUUUCACCUGCGAUUUUACUCAUCAAUAAAGAGAAGAAAAUUUACCAAACUACGAGGACAGAAUGGGCUUUGCAAUGAGACUGUGCUUAUUGUUGUUAAUUUCGGAAGUCUGCGUCCGUGCCAAUCCAGUAGUUCCCCCAACCGGACUUGCGCAUGAAUCGCCUGUACCAAAAUCUACCAAUCGCCAAUUAUUCAUGAUGGACGAUGAUGAAGAAGUGACUGAGCCAGAAACAGGUGAUGCAGGUGCUGCUCCGACUAAACCACCAUCCACCACAGCCCCGGAAACUACCAUAGCUCCGAGUCGUUCAAGCGUCAGUACACCCAGCAUUAUUUUGUGUUUGAGUGCUCUUAUGCCUGUUUUCGUCGUCAAUAAGCUUGGAAAUAAUUAAGUUCGUCCGGGAAAUUGUUCAAAAAUUCGCCGUUACCGGGAACAUCAAUUUGCAUUAAAUAAAUAAAUUUUGUUGGUUACGUAAGUAGGA